UGGCUGGAAAAUACACUGUAGACCUUAUCCCACAUCCUGUCCUGUUCCUUUUCGACGCCGCAUAUUCUUAAAAGUAGCUGUGGCGUUAAUCAUAAGAAGAACGGCACUUCUGCGAUGACUUUCUUUGACUGUGACAACCACGCUGAUCAAAGAGAACCUCCCACAAGAUGGGAUCUUAAUACCCAUGUGGCUAGAAUUAUUCGCUCACUAUCGUGCCGCGUUUCGGUGUCGUCUGUUGAUGAUAUCAUGUCUUCUCAAAGCUGAAAUUUUUUCUUUAUAUAACGACCUUCCGAGGUUCCACGAAAAUAAUGUCUGGCACCUUCGUAAACCGUGCUCUCGAUGGCUACCUCAACGCUCUGGCCCUCGAGUCGCUUAUGCAUGGCUUAUUCACUGCCAUUACGCUAUCCGCACUUGUUAACAUCCUAAAACACAAACACCUCCGAGUAAUGAUCCCUCUUGUCCUCAUCCUCUAUAUCCUCGAAACCAUCCACCUCGGCGCACGGUGGUAUUGGGUCCGGCAAGCCUUCAUUGUUCAUGGGGCUACACGAGAGACUAUAUUCUCCUCUUUCCUCGACGAGAGAUACCGCCAUAUAUGGAUCGUCAGUGGCUUAUCAGCAAGUAUUAACAUCGUCAUUGCUGAUUGCACUCGCGCUUGGCGUGCGUGGGUCAUAUGGGAUCGAAACUGGAAGAUCGCCACUGUCCCUAUAGUCGGAAUAGUGCUAGAAAUCAUCUUUGACGGUUUAUUUCUCUCCCAAGACCUCUCUCACACCUCCAACGUGCAAUACACCAAUUGGGGGUUCUCAGCGAUUAGAUGGGGGCUCGGUUACUUCAUCCUAUCGCUCCUCACGACUUUCCUCUGCACCUUCCUCAUAAUAUACCGUAUCGGCUGCAAUGACAAGUACCUCAACAUCAUCGAGAUGCUGGUAGAAUCUGCUGCACUCUAUUCGGUGUCGAUGAUCGUGUUCAUCGUGUUCUUCGCGAGGGAUGAUCCGAGGAACGUUUACGCUCAGGCGGUUAUGAACUCUAUCACGGGCAUUGCGCCUACCUUGAUUGCGGAAAGGGUAGCGGCGAAGAGGAACUAUCUCGACGAGAAUACUAUAACGAUGCGAGCUUCGGAGAAGAGGCUCUCCAACGCUUCCACCACGAGGGCGAGUUCUCUAGAGUUUGAUUCUGCUAGAAGUGGAGCGCCUAGUCGAAUGAGCGGUGCCACGAUUAUAUAAUGGAGCCAUUAAAUGGACGUCAAUGACCCAAGGUUACAAUCUAUAGCUAACUCCCCGCGACCAACUUCAACACCCGUACGAGUACCGAGCCGGAAGCUAUUAUCUACGGGUGAUUGAUAUUUUCAUUCCACUCAUUAUUGGCGGUAUCUGUGUCAUUCACUUCUCAUGGCUCGCCAUGGCAGUAAAUUGUACCGGAUCGUUAUCCGCUGAUCUCCAUCAUCGUCAGUUGACCGACUUUCUUAGGUAUGAACCAUUCU